CAGUCGUCCAGGGUGAGCACGCGAGCGCAGGCGCGUGCUGCAGAUGAAACUUCAAUAAGCUGAAGAGAGUUUGAGAGUUUGAGAGUAAAAGCCUCCUCACCCAGACAGCCACAGACCUCAGGACGGAUAACUGCUCACCGUUACUAAACAUCACCUCCAUGAAGAUGUUGGCGCUGCUUCUUCUCAUCACUUUAUUGCACAGUCCUAUCUGUCUGUCAGUGACAGUAAGCAGCAGUAAACCCAAAGUGGAGGUCCACGAGCACACAGAUGCUGUGCUUGCCUGUGAGUUUAAAACAGAGAAAGAUCAGAGCCCUCGAAUAGAGUGGAAGACAACAGGAAAGGAGGCGGCAUUUGUGUAUUUUAAUAAAAAAUUUAGUGGGCGUUAUGUAGGACGGGCAAAGAUAGAGGGAGCGACGCUGACGAUACACUCUGUGACUCAGAAAGACUCGGGGCAGUACCGCUGUGAGGUGACUGCCAGCCAGGACCGCGUCAACUUCGGAGAGGUUACUGUAACCCUCAAUGUGCUUGUGCCUCCUCAUGUCCCGUCCUGCGAGGUGCCGAGCUCUGUGUUUGUGGGCUCAGACCUGGAGCUUCACUGUAAGGACAAACUCAGUGUGCCCCCUGCCACCUACCGCUGGUACAAAGACAGCAAGGCUCUGACGGCCACAGCAGACACCCCAUACAGCAUCGAUACAAACAAGGGCACGCUGAAGUUUAAGAGUGUGUCCAAAACAGACGCAGGGAUGUACCGCUGUGAGUCCUCCAACAGCAUUGGGGCGCCCAAAAGCUGCGUGGCCCAACAACUGAAAGUCACUGAAUAUCCAUUGAAUAUGACCAUUUUGAUAGCAGGAGCUGCAGGUUUUCUGAUGCUCCUCACCUUCUGCUGCAUCUGUGUGUGUGUCUGCCGACGCCGCGGCUGCUGCAGGAAGCACAAGAAAACCAAAAGUACUAAGUCCUUCAACCCUCCGCCGCCUCCUCCUCCUCCUCCCAUCCGCAAUCUCAAGAACUACAAACAAACUCAUUCCUUCAUGAUCUGAGUGGGAAACACUCUCUUACUUUGACUUCAAACCAACCAAAAUCUAAAGUGUACACUUAUUGUGCAACCCACUGGAAACUUACUCGACCGCCGCCUUGCUCUCGGACGGGCGCUCGCUGCUUUCUGAGACAGAUCUGGAGUUUAGGUUCUUCCUGGCAUUAUGUGUUGACAGUUUGGAAGAUGUUUCCGACUUACAGUCCUGUAAAUUCCGGGUUUAAAUCAGCUCUUUCAAACGCUAUAACAUUCAUUAUAUUCAUAUAUUCAAGACAUUUUUCUAAAUCCUAUUUUUCCAACUACUCUCAGGCUUAAGGGGCCGAGUUCGUCACUACAGUUUUAGUUUUUUUAUGCCACCUACAGGCAAGUUACUGUUAAACCAUUCACACUGAUUAUUUCCUGUUCAUUUAUAUUUAGAUGCAGAGAUGUUUUAUAUGAAGUUAUUCUUUCUUCUUUGUUGUUUUUAUAUUUUUUUAAAAACUUGUUUGUGUUUUGAUCUCAUAAUUAUUACUUGUUUGAUCUUUUGAAUUUUGAAUUGAGCAACAAAUGAACAGGUGUCUGCACACACUGAAUGGUGCCAUGGAAGCUUUUUAAAUGUUUGAUACUAUUUUGAUUGUCUAUCUCUUGAUCAA